AUGGAUGAGGACGUCCUCGCAACAACCGAGCGGGAUGUACUGGACUCCCAUGUUUCCUCAGCAGUCUUCGGCGGUAGAACGCCACCGUUGAAGGGAGAAGGGGUCAAGUUGGAGGUCUUUGACCAGCACCUGACGAAACGCAAAGACGCCCCGCGACCGGCAAAGUAUGGCAACCUCCCGUACGCCACCUUGCAGACUGGCUUGGUCUAUGAUGUGCGAAUGCGCUUUCACGUCGAGACUAUGCCGACAGAAGAUGAUGUUCACCCCGAAGACCCACGUCGAAUCCACGCCAUCUUUGAGUCUUUUGUCAACGCUGGCCUCGCCUGGGGUGAAGGCACAAAUGGUCCAUCGAACGAGUACUACAUGGGACGGAUCGAUGUUCGAAAGGUGACCAAAGAAGAAGUCUGCCUCGUGCAUACCGAAGCCCAUUGGGACUGGAUUCAAUCCAUCAACACUUGGACAGAAGACGAUUUUGAAGAGCCGCAGCAGCAUCCUGGCCAUAAGAUGGACUCGGUGUACAUCUCUCCACUUACGCCGUACUGCGCGGCUUUGUCAGCGGGAGGUGCGAUCGAAGCUUGCCGCGCGGUCGUGCUCGGCAAAGUCAAGAAUGUGUUUGCUGUCAUCCGACCACCCGGCCAUCACGCUGAGCGAGAGGACGCGAAAGGCUUCUGCUUCUACGACAACGUCAGCAUCUCAACCAAGGUGUGUCAAAGGGAGUUCGGCGAUCGAUGCCGUAAAGUGCUCGUCUUGGACUGGGACGUGCAUCACGGCAACGGAAUUCAGCAGGCGAAUUACAACGAUCCAAACGUCCUCUACAUCUCUCUCCACGUGCACGAGAGAGGACGAUUCUAUCCUGAACGUUCUUAUCGCGACGGACGUGUGGCGUAUGGAGAUCAUCUCCACUGUGGCGCCGGUGCCGGGCUUGGGAAGAAUGUCAACAUUCCGUGGAGUAGGAAGGGAAUGGGCGAUGCAGACUACGUGUAUGCAUUCCAGCAGGUGAUCAUGCCCAUCGCCAACGAAUUCGACCCAGAUCUUGUCAUCAUUGCGGCGGGAUUCGAUGCCGCGGAAGGGGACAUGCUCGGAGGAUGCAACGUGACUCCCGCUGGCUACGCACACAUGACGCAUAUGCUCAUGUCCCUCGCACAAGGCAAGGUCGCUGUCUGCCUCGAAGGUGGCUACAACCUCGAGUCGAUCGCGAGAUCUGCGACGGCCGUUGCCCGAACACUGAUGGGCGAACCACCUGAACGGCUCCAAGAUGUCAAUCCUACUGCCAGUGCUGUUGACGACAUCAAGCGUGUCUUACGGCAACAGAGUCGCUUUUGGGCCAGCCUCUACCCGAAAGACAUCUCAACGCGACUCAAUGUUGGCCUCUUGCACGGCGAGAGGAUGCACGAUGUUGUGCGAAAGUGGCAAGCGACGACACUAUGGGAACAAUUUGGAAUGUCUCCUCUCUUCGUCUACAACAAGCAUCUUUCGAAGUCAUUUGAGAACCAGGUGCUCGCAACUCAGAAUUACUACACCGCUCGGCCGCUGCUUGUCAUCCUGCACGACCCGCCAGAGCUCCUCGCCUCUCCAGACCCUCGCACCGGCGUGGUCGAGCUUCACAACACCUGGCUAACUGAUAUUGUAAAGACCUACAUCGAGUGGGCGGUCAACCAAGGCUUCGCGGUCAUCGAUGUGAAUCUGCCAAAGCAUGCCUCCGACAUUGACGGCCAGCAGAAGCAUGAGGAGGUCGACUCGGUGGAGAACAGGACGCUCGAAGCGACGCAGCUGUUGAACUAUUUGUGGGACAACUACAUUGAGCUCAACGACUCCACCCACGUCUUCCUUAUGGGCACGAACAUCGGGCACGGCGCCAUCAUCAACUUCAUCAAAGGCAACGAAGAGCGCGCACAAGAUCAGCUCACGGGCGCGAUAUCUUUCGUCCAAGACGUACCCCUGCAGUCCUGCAGAUCCGUCAACAAUGAUGCUCUGGGCGUCUCCCUUGGCUCGUGGUAUCACAGCAUCUCCCUUGUCUUCGUCACAUCCGAACACAACUUCUGGUCGAGCGAUGUAUCACGGAAGCCGAAGAAGCGGUUCGGCAAGGUGAACCGCAGCAGUGAAGAGACCAUCACCGAUAUGCUCAUCGAGCAUCAAGACGCUGUCUACGAGCUGCUUUCGGAAGAUACUCAAGAGUGGAGGUCGGCAAGGCCGAUGUCAGAGGAUGAAGCGAGCGUCGAUCGACCUGCCACUUCGAAGUUGCCGCCGAUUAGCAACUUUUCGCUGUCGCCUGCGCCGAAGCCUGCGUCGAAGCGUCCGCAGUCCCCUUCGAAGGCGACAAACAUGGAUUUGCUGAGCUCACCACGGGGUAGGCAUGCUCAGCCAGUACCCCAGGGGAGGCCGUCGAGAAGUCCGAUGAGGUGA